AUGAAAGAGUCUCUCUACGAUCGUAUCUGGCGUCGAGAAUCUGGAGGAUUUUCUCACUUGGCUGGCAUUCGUGGCCUUUAUGGCUCUUCUGAAUGGGUUCAAGACCUUGAUAUUGUAAACGAGCUCGGUGGUCACUCGGGUUGUGUCAAUGCUUUGAGCUGGUCGCGGUCUGGCCGCCUGCUGGCUUCGGGUUCGGAUGAUCAGCACUUGAACAUCUACGCCUAUCAACCCGACUCUUCAGCAGCACCCUUUGCCCUCAGCACCACCAUCGAUACUGGUCAUACUGCCAAUAUCUUUUCCGUCAAGUUCAUGCCACAUUCCAAUGAUCGAACCCUAGUCUCGUGCGCCGGGGACUCCCAGGUCCGAGUCUUCGACAUUGAGUAUUCCAGUAGCAAUGGGCACCUGGGUGGAAAUUCGACCUUUGCUUCAUCGGCAAGAAGUCGACGCUUUCAGAACUUCUUCAACACCUCUCACUAUCUGAGCCCGAUAACCACCAACGCAAAAGUUUAUCGUAGCCAUGCCGACCGGGUCAAGCGCAUCGUUACUGAGUCGUCUCCGCAUCUCUUUCUGACCUGUUCAGAGGACGGAGAAGUACGCCAAUGGGAUCUGCGACAGCCCUCCUCGGCCUAUCCCAAACCUCUGGGAGGCCAGGGCUACAUGGCUUUCCGAUCGGGACAGGAUCACGAUGAUUCCAAUGUGCCCCCGCCGCUAAUCUCGUACAAGAAAUACCGCCUGGAUCUCAACACCAUCUCAUGCUCUCCUAGUCAACCACAUUACAUCGCGCUGGGCGGUGCACAUCUACAUUGCUUCCUGCACGAUCGGCGCAUGUUAGGUCGGGACCUCAUCGCCGAGAGGGGCGCCUCAAGUACGUCUCCUGGGAGUAGUAGCCAAGGAGCAGACGUUUUGGAUGACGCGACCAAGUGCGUUCGCCGGUUCGCGCCCGAUGGGCAGGAUCGCAUGAAGACUCGGGAUGACGGCCAUAUCACAGCCUGCAAGAUCAGCGAUGCGAAUCCGAAUGAGAUGGUGGUCAGCUGGUCGGGCGACCACAUCUAUAGCUUUGAUCUCAUCCGCAGCGCAGAUGCGAGAGAAGUGAGAUCGCAGCAGUCAUCAGUGCGGGCAACACCUGCGCCGCGGAAACGUCGAUACAGCACAAACCGCAAGCGAAAGCGACACAAUGGCACGUCAUUGUCAUCCGACUCGAGCGAUCCUCAGGACGAAGGCGAGUUGGCAUUUCGUGUGCGUUACGGCAAUGGAGAGUCAGAGGACAUUCCUAUCCCAUCUCUGACGCAGCGUCGGGCUGAGGUUCCGGAGAGCUUACUAGAGCAAUCGAGGCUGGCAGUGCUCAGUGACGCUCAAAGGCUCAGCAUGCGUAUUGCCAAAGAACUAGUCAAGCUUCGCAAGGCUCUUUUCUCGCUCGAUACUGCAACGGAUCUGACGCCUUUUGGCGAGUCCUUUUCCACAGCAUUGGGCCACGCGUCCAUCUGUCUGCCGCAGAUGAGUGAGGUCAUGCGCACAUGGGGCUAUCCGCUCAAUCCUUCUUCCGAUAUGGUGCGCUUUCAGCAAACUCUGCGUCGAACGAUAGCUCGAGCUCUAGGAGGCGAGCUUCAAAAUACGCCUGGGGACGUUGACAACGAGAUGGAGCAGUUUCAACAAAUAUCGCCGCUGAAAGUUGAAUACGCGCCCGAUCGCAGAGAGCAAUUUGGUUAUGACUUUAUCAAGGCCAUCAUACUAUAUCGUGGUCCCAUUCCCGCGGAUGACCGUGCGAUUGAGUCAACCCUCAUUCCUUAUCUUCAGCGGCUAGCGGGAGAGGCCCCGGUGGUGAACGUUGAUGCAUCUAGGUUCGAACACGACGAGGCUCCCGCCUUCGCCACUGCGAUCAGGACAUCAGCUCAAACCCCGGUUGACGGCGGAGCAUCGAACGGGGCCACGCACGGCGGGGCAGUUGACAGGGCAAACUCUAACGGGACACCUACUCAUGCCCUCGAUUUGUUUCAGCUUACACAGUUCUGGGUGCUGAAGGUGGCUCGCGGCAUACUCAUGGAGAGCGGGACCGGCGUCAACUAUGCUUUUGUCAACAGAGCCUUUGGAGGCUUCCGGGCCACGGUGGCGCCUGGCUCUGAAUCAGAUAUGGAUCCGGAGAGGUCACAGAACGACCUGGAAACAAAUAUGGAAGAGGAACCUAUCCGCGACGUACGCAGAGAAGCAUCCGAUGACUGUACCAGCGAAGCAACCGACUUCCCAGGGUGGCUGGACAUGGAGGACGGGCUUGACGAUGCUGAGGACGAUGAUGAAAACGAAAUUGAAGACGACGACAAUGAUGAUGAGGAAGAAGAGGAGGAGGAUGAGUUUGAUCUGGACUCUGACAGUCCAGCGAACGACAGCGAUGACGACUCCGAGGCUGAAAGUCGCAUGUUCAGGGAGUACGGGCUGCACCCCAGACAAAGAGAGUAUGUGCAUCUGGAUGUUCCUUGUUCCUCACAUACGCGCGUGUAUCGCGGUCACUGCAAUGUCAAGACAGUCAAGGAUGUCAAUUUCUAUGGGUUGGACGAUGAGUUUGUCGUUAGUGGAAGUGACUCGGGCCAUAUUUUCAUUUGGGAUCGGAAAACAUGCAAGCUAGUCAACAUCCUAGAAGGCGACAGUGAGGUCGUCAAUGUGGUCCAGGGACAUCCCUAUGAGCCUACUAUAGCCGCUUCUGGGAUUGACAACACCAUCAAGAUUUUCUCACCCGACCGCCGUGCACAGGAUGACGCUCGCCGUGGAAUCAACAUUCUUGAUCCCGAUAACCCCGCCAAUACGCUUGGGCCUAAUGUGAGAGGGAUUGGGGGGUUGGCCACUCGCAAACGCUUACAUGACAGUUAUCGAAUCAUGAAUCAGAAUGAUGUCGAUCGCCAAGGCGGGAUGAGCGAGGCGUCAAUUACCAGACACAUGCUAGCCCGUCUUGCUACCACCUUGCGGGACCAGCAGUACAAUGUGGAGGCUGGUGGGGAAGGGGAACAUGCCACCCUGGUUUUGGAUGAGAACAGCUGUCAUGUGAUAUUGAACGAACGGAUUAGGAUUCUCCGACGGUCAAAGAUGCAAGCCCUGCAGGAACGAGCUGAUGUAACAACGCGGCUCUACGAAGAUCCUCACAAUCCACACCUUUACUAUGAGCGAGGUCUCGUGCAUGAGAAACUGGGAUUCCCCGAUCUAGCGUCGGCCGAUGCGUACCGCGCACUAUCUCUCCUCGACUCGGUCGUUGACCCGGACGGCUGCGAAUUUCACGCCCGACGCAGAUUUCACGACUCUCCGGAGAUCACGGAGUCAAAGGCUCGCGAAAGUAACAACGCUGUCGAUGACGCCGCCGCCGCCGCCGCCGCCGCCGCCGACGACGACGACGACGACGACGAUGACCAGUUCACUCCACUUACGCAGUCCGAAUACGAUGCCCUCAUUCACCCCGUUUACGCAUUAUUAGUCCGCUCCCUCGUCAGCUGUGGCUGCUUCCGUGACGCAUAUGAAUUCUGUGCACGGGGCUUGAGUAGUAUUGGUAGCACUAGCGACAACCAGACCUCCUCAGACCGUGAAGCCCACGCCACCUUAGCGGCACAAUUGGCGACAUUGCAACGGGAGUUCGCCCGCCGACGCAAUCUCCCUUCCUCUACCACGGAGAUCGUGAUUGACGAUCCCAGCGCCCUGCCGGCACAGGGUCUUGCCCGCCGCGUCCUCUACCCCUGGAACACGCACGAACCCGACCGCAAAUCCCCCGAGACUCUGGCCCUCCUGAACGAAAAGUUACGGACGGUGGCGCCCAAGUGUGAGGUCCGGGCUGUCGCAUUACCGGCGCUGCACUCUAUCACUACCACCAAGCCGAACCCCUCCUCCUCCGAAUCACAAGACCAAGAACAAGAGCAGCCAGAAGAACAGGUCUACCACGGGGCCGUGUGCGGGCUGAUGGAGAACCUCGAGUCCAUCGGCAAGGACAUCCCCGAUCCGAAGGACAAGGCAGACUACCUAUAUCUGCUGCUGCUGGGGCGGGCGCUGGCGAUGGCGGCGACGCAGGAGGUACAUCCGCUGGAGCUGGGGGAGGUGAAGUUCAUCUGGGGCGACUUCGUGGACUAUGGCCACUCCGACCCGCUGGACCCCGACCCCGGCGCAUCGGGGAAUGGUGGCACCCUCCCCUUCUCCUUCCAGCUCAACAUCCUCCAGCCCAUGCGCCUCCUCGAGGAGAUGGAGAUCGACCCCUACGCCCACCUCCGCCACUACGAUACCUGGGUCCUCAACACCCUGUACGCCAAGUUCCGUGGCACCGCCUCCGGCCGCCUCUCCACCUGGGACGGCGGGCCCGAGCUCUGCGCCGUCCACCCCCUGUGGUGUCUGGCCAACCACUCGUGCGACCCCAACGUCCGCUGGGAGUGGGGCGGCGAGAUCACCUUCGUCGCCCGCGCGGAGGCCGAGCGCGCCGUGUGGAAUCUGCCCUCCGAGGCCGAUGCUGCGGCUGCGCCCGCGUGUAGGCGGGUCGGGGCCGGGAUCAAGAAGGACGAGGAGAUCCUGAACCAUUACUGUGAUAUCGGGCUGGGGGUCAAGGAUCGUCGGGAGUGGGCCCGCGGCGCCCUGGGCGGCUUCUGUCUGUGUGAGAGGUGUCGGUUUGAGGCCGGGGAGAUGUGA